AUGGGAGCUGGUCCUUCGUACAAGGUAGGCCCAGAGGAUGUCAUGGGCAAGUUGGUCCCGAUCUUGAUCGAUGCAGCUCGACAGGGCACCAAGAAGUACGUUGUCGAUGGCAAGAAGUUUGCUCCGUUCGGAAUGGUUCCGCACCAAGUGCAGCCGACGAAGGUGUCCACUUUCCAAGCAAGUGGUGACGGUGACGAUCCGCCCGAGAAGGUUGAUUUGAGGCACUACAUGUCCCCCGUCGAGGAUCAAUCUCAGACCAACAGCUGCUGCGCAAACGCCGUGGCCGGUGCUUACGAGUACAUCAACGUACGUGAGGCCAAGAGGAGAGGGGAUACCACAGCUGACAUUUCGCGCAUGUUCAUCUACUACGUGGGCCGGAAGAAGGACCAGAUGACCUUCCACGAGGACACUUCCAUAUCACCGAAGGACGAAGGCAUGACCUUGGGAGGUGCCAUCAGUGCCCUGCAGGUGAAGGGAGCCUGCCUCGAAAAGAACUGGCCUUUCGAGCUGUCGCGUGUAAACGCCACGCCUAGCCCAGAUUGCUUUAAUGAGGCUGUCAGAUACAAGGUUGCUGAGUCCAAGGAAGUGCCUGUGGAUCUUGAUUCCAUGAGAGAAUGCUUGGCAGAAGGCCAUCCCAUUGUCUUCGGCCUGAAGCUGACUGCCCAGUUUUUCAGGCCACUUCCGGGCGGUGGCAUCAAGACGCCAGAUCCUUCAGAUCCCCAAUCCUCCGAACAUGGGCUUCAUGCCAUGCUCAUUGUGGGUUACAAUGAUCGGCAGGAAUGCUUCAUCAUUCGGAACAGUUGGGGCACGUCUUGGGGUGACCGUGGGUAUGCCUACGUCCCCUACGACUACAUCUGCAACUCUAACUUCAAUUUCCUUGGACAGUAUGCAAUUAUGGGCCUCACGGACUCAGACUUCACGCCAGACCCAGACGAUGGUCAAGACUACAACUACCAGGGUGAUGGAGAUGAAAGCGUGGAAUUUGAGGAGGUGGAAGACGAUGAAGAUGAUGAUGAUGUUCCAGAUGAUUUUGACCCUGCCGAGCAGUUUGACCAGCGCAAUGAGGCAGAGCGUGUCUUCAGGAUGUUCGAGGGCGGGGAUGGCAGGAUCGACCAGAAAGAGCUCUUCAAUUGCUUCAUUUGCAACGGCAUCUUUGUCAUGCCGGCUCAAAUCCCUAAAAUCCUGGCAGAUCAUGACCUCGACAACACUGGCACCCUCGAGUUCGAGGAAUUCUACAACCUCAUGCAAACUGUCCAGGGAAGGAAGGGACACUUCUGCGGCUUUUAA